AUGUCUUCAUUCAAUCCCUUAACUUCUAUCCUGAAUAAAAAAAAAUUAGAAGGCCCUAACUAUGUGGACUGGAAACAUAAUUUGGAUAUUGUUCUUACUGCUGAAGACUUUAAAUUUGUGAUGGUUGGGGAAUGUCCUGUUAAGUCGAAUGAACCCACUGAUGAUGAGAUUAAAGCCUACGAUAAGUGGGUCAAGACUGACGAGAUGACAAGAUGCUACAUUCUUGCCUCUAUGGCAAAUAUGUUGCAUCAUAAACAUAAUUCCAUGACUACUGCUUAUGAUAUGAAUGAAUCUCUCAAAGAGAUAUUUGGUAAGCAAAAUCGUGCUUCAAAGAAGAAGGCCAAGAAAGCUCUUUUGACCACGAAAAUGGUUGAAGGAACUUCGAUAAGGGAAUAUGUUCUCAACAUGAUGAGUCUAUUGAACGACCUAGAAGUUCUUGGUACGGUUAUUGAUAAGGAGUCUUAG